GCUGUUCCUGUCCCUGUUCCUGAUGCGCGUGGUACGUACCCCGGCAGCUCUUCCCUCCUGUACGGAUACCAGAGCAAGCAAUCAAUCAAUUUAAUUGAGUCUCCAAUUUCAGGUCGCGUCAGUGCCGGAAGCCACGCGCAUUGUGAUUCCUCUAUAGCCGUACACUCACUCACCAUCUAGGUUCCCUUAGGCAUCUGUGGGUAGCUGCUGUUCGCGGCGAACCACCCCAUUCUCAACAUACAUUACACACACACAAACCGUAUACAGCAUCAUCCGUAUCUGGAACAAACCACGGCCGCGACGACCCUGCUCGCAAGAGUGCCUAUGUCAGAAUGCCGGCCUUCCAACCCAUCAACGUUGAGCUCGAGGAGAACAGUGACGAUGAGGUCGAUACCACCCGCGAGCUUCAUGUCGACGAAGCCCUGAAGCGUUUCCAGAAUGCCCUGAAGCUGCAUGCUCAGGGUCCUCGCUUCUUCGACGAAGCCGCCGACGCCUACGAUGAUCUCUUUAAAUCCGAAAUCUUCAAAUACCCCGAGGCUGUCACCGAGUACGAGAGGGCAGAGAGACAGCCCCAACACUUGAUUACAGAUCCUGCCCUCGCCGCUGACCUGGACCUCCAAGUCGCUGAGGUCGACACCGUCGGCAGCAGUCUUCCCCAGGCCUUCUUCUUGGCACACAAGAACCGCGGCCAGUUCCUCCUCGACCGCACCCGCCACGCCGCCCGCGCAUUAGGAAACGAUGCGCCCGCCUACUUCGAGAAAGACGAGGCUCUCCAAAACAUGCACAAUGCCCUCAUUGAUUUCAAUGCCGCCCUCGACCGUGAUCCCUCCGAUGCCGAACUGUGGCGCCGCACCGCCCGCGUGGCUGCCUCCUUGAAGAGCUCUAGGAUCAACAGAUACUGCCUCGAGGCCGCCAUCGAACUCGACGAUGAUCCUACAGUCCUUGAGGUUGAGCCACCAUCGCUGGCCGAGGGGUUCGCUGGCCAGCAGUUGAAAGACCAGCUGCGCCUCUUGGCCGACGAGAUAGCCUUGUCCCACCCCAUCAUGGGACCGUGGGUCAAGCGAGACAUGCCCGAUUUCAUCAAGCGGCACAUUGAUCCCAUACCCUUCUUACCGAACCCGAUCAAGGAAUUUGGGUCCGCCCGCACCCUCGUUGAGGAAGUCGGCGCUACCCGCUUGACAUUAGCAUGCUCAACGGCAUCUUGGGCCGACUUGGGAAUGGCGCUCGUCCAAUUCAUCCUCGAAAGGGGGCAAACAAGCCGGGCUGUCGUCAUUGAGCUUCCUGAAACGGACGAUGAUGAAGAUGUCGUCAUGGAGAGUCAACCAGAACAGGACAGCCAACCCAACGGCUUCGAUUCCAAAGACAGCGACGAGGCCGCCACGAAAGAGGCCAAGUUUGCCGAUGCCUCAAAGGCUGAGGGUUCCGGCGCUGUGCCCAGGGAUACCCCAAAACCUCCAGAGAACAGUCGCAAGGGCCGGGGCAGCUCUCAGUCGGCUAGAAAACGGUCGCAGUCGGCAGCAGGCAUCCCCGAAGGCCAAGAAGAGGAGAGCCUAGUUGAGAAGAGGAGCAAGCGAAUCCGACGGCGAGAAACCGCGGCUGCGGAAGAAGUGAUAGACCCCAGCGCCGUUCUCGCUUCCCAAUUAGCACCUUACCAAGCAGCCGACCAGAACCUAUUCCAAGCCACCAAGAACAUGCUGGAGAAUAUCGGCGUCACGGACCAAGCCACUCUAGACCGCAUCAGCCAAGUGCUGGAUUCGCUGGCGUCAGAAGAGCGCGCGGCAUCCAUCAAGAACCAGGCUACGGCCGACCUCCGCAACGCAAUCGUCUCCUUCAACGAGGAAAGCGCUAAAGUCCUGCUCAAUAAGCAAGCGCAGGCGUCUUUGAGUCUUUCCUCUUUUCUCGAGCAUGCCAAAGGCGGCUCGCAGAAGCUGUCAGUCAUCCCGCCUUUCAAAGAGACGCAGGGUAUCACUGCUUUUGUGAGGCGGGUCAACUCGUCUUGGAUGACCGCCCAAGAGGUUGCUUAUGAAUGGGUCAAGGCCAUCUGUCCCAGCUAUCUCGAAGCUAAAUGGUCAGAUGCUAUGAAGACGGCCGUCGUCCAGGUCGUCAGUCGAUUCGACCAGGACAUCCUUCUUGCCAUCGACUACGACCUUGAGUGCGCAAAACGUUCGAACGAGGCCGAGAAGGACUUUGGGUUUAUCAAAAGCAUCGUGGAGAUGCUGUUCGAGAUCCAUCUCGACGUGUAUGAACGAAUCACCAAUCCUAACAGUGUGGUCGAUUACAGCAUCCGCGUCGAAGCCAAGGGUCGCCUGGGACGAUGGCUGGACAUGGCAUCAGCUUUGCUUCGCGAGGCUACACAAAAAGGCAACGAGGGCUUGACUGCUCGCUUCCUGUGGGCUGCCAUUUUCUCGACAACUCUGACGGAGAAUGCCUCAAGGGAGUACAUACUGCAAUGCUGGACGAGCCUCCGGGACUUUCUCUCGGAAGGAGAUUUUGACCAGCUACAUCUCCCCAAUAAUCCCGUGAUACCAGAGGUUUCUGAGGCAGCAGCUGACAGGGAAAUUUCCAAGCUGACCACCAUGGACUUCUUUCUCGGGCUUUUCCAGGACAACGUCAGCGAUCCUGUUGCCGUCAUCGAUAACCUUGAGCCUGUCCUCAAUCCCGGGUCGGUCUAUGUCCCCGUAUCGUCGGCCGAAACCACGCCAGUUGGAGGUGAUUCCUCGUCAGGCCGCUCCAAGACGCAAAAAGUGCCCAUCAAGGAAUGCGCGAGCCAAAGCCUCCAAGAUCUUUGGAGGUUCCUCUUGGGUACCAGCACGGAACUGCGAUUGUUUUUGUGGACACGCCUUAGCGAUGCCUAUGCCAGUAUCAAGUACUCCACGAAGCAGUUUUCCUGCCAACUCAAGGCCAUUGAGAUGCUCACCGCGGACCUGGAGAGCGACGGGUACCUUAAGAACCCAGUGGAAACGAGACCACCGCUGCUGUUGAAGAUGCUCAAGUCGCUCGACGAACUGCUGGUUACCGCGCUUUCGCUUGCUCUGAACGACAGCUCUGCCUACGAUAUUGUCGACGACGAUCACUUAAAGUCGACGGCGUCUGCUCUCGCCAAGAUGAGCUGCAUGCUUCAUGCUGCUGCAAUGCACGACGAUGAAAUCCGAAUCGGCAUGGCUCGCGUGCCACCAAGCAGUCCCUCAUUUCAACCGUUCCUGAACAAGCUUCGGGAGAUCCAGGUGCGCGUGUGGUGCCUUCAGUACACGGUGAUCAAGGUCGGCGUGAACCAGAAUCCCAAGCUGUUUCCGAACCCAGAAAUGGAGCUGGCGGACUUUUUGUCUGCCAUUCACCAGGUCGUCGGAUUGAGAAAAUGCUGCAAGGCCUCGAACAAGAUCUUCUUAAAGAUGAUGCGCGUGGAGCUGCUGAAGUUCAAGAAGAUUGAGAAUUGGGAAGACUAUCUCGGCCAGGUGCUGUAUGACCUCCACGGUCUCAAGCUGGGCGUCGGUGCUGGCGAAGUCCAGGACCACGGUUGCCCCCCCGAGAAACUGGAAAAGCGCAAUGCUAUGCAUCUUGUCGACAAGAUCACGGUCCUGGCAAGGCGGAUGCCCAGGAAGGACCUACUCAAGUCAGAUCUGAAAACGACCAUCGAGCACAUGCAGGGUGCCAUUGGGCAAACAAAGUCGACCCCCCAGAUGAUCCACAACCUCAGGAACUUCACCGAAUACCUCAAGCGACCGAUUCACCCCCUCAGACUCUACCAGGCGCUCAAUGGGGGUGUCCAGUUGGAUGUUGUCGCUGUCAACACCCCCGAGAGCGCCCUGGCGAAGCACGGAUGGUUCUUUUUGCUGGGCAUGAUCGCCUUGACGAGGUUCAAACAGGUGGAUCUGAGCAAACGGCAAACGCCAGGUGCCACUGACGACUUGCGACUCGCGGCGACAUUCUUGCGACUUCAGCUUCAGUUCACUCCAGAUAAGUGGGAUGCCUGGUUCCGCCUGGCCGAGUGUUUCGACUACGAGCUCGACGAGGCAGUCUUGUGGUCAGCCGACAAGAUGAACAAGGAGCGAGGGGAACUGCUCAAGUUCCAGCGGAACUCAAUCCACUGUUAUACCCUUGCGCUGUCUAACUCCUGGGAGGUCGACAUUGACGACGAGGACGAGGAUCCUUUGUACGAGCUCUAUCACAACUUCGCUAUGCGCCUGUAUGCAUCUAGUCGUGAGCCUCUCGCCAUGGAACCAUUCCAACAUGCAGACCUUGAGAGGUUCUUUAUUGAACCACUCGGUACUGGGACAUUCCAGAGGGUGGUCCAUGACCAGAUGCAAGACUACAAGGUUUGGAAAUACGCGGCCGGCUUAUUCAAGCGGGCUAUGAGACGCAAACCGCAGGACUGGAGGAAUCCGUACAUGCUCACCAAAUGCCUCUGGAAAAUGUACCAGAAACCCGUCGAGCAGCUGAGUCAGAAGGACCGUGAGACGCGCCCAUCGGUUGAGUACCUGAUAUCAGCCCUCGAGCAUGCAGUCGAGGUUGUGUCUGCUGUGCCCAAGUCGCGGAACAGUGAUCCAAUCUUGGAGCCGCAUUACAAGAUUGUCUCCAUCGUCUACAAGCUCGUCAUUCGCGGCGACUUGAAGCCUCAGGAGGGUGCGGAUAUCCUGUCGAGACAACCAUUCGGCAUGGAGCUCGGCGACGACAUCACCCUUGACGACAACGAAGAUUGGGAGGAGUACGUCAUCAGGAACCUGCACCAUCUUCGAGACAAGGACAAGUCCAACUGGCAGCACCGUAUCAUCAUGCGUCACGCUCGCCUCCUCUUCGAUGAAGACGGCGAGUCGCCCGAGCUUGUUCAGGCCAAGGCUGCCUUCAACGUGCUCCGAGAGUCCAUGUUCACAAAAACCAUGGUGAUGAAUGUCUGGAAAUGCGACGCCGAACGCCCCGGGCGACACCACGUCUACACUUCACAGUACAUCCGAUUCAUGGUCAAGAUUCUGGUCGUUAUGAACGACAGGGUGAACCUGGAAAUGGUUCUCAGGCGUCUGCGAAAAAAGGGCGCCGACUUUUACCAUUUUAGCGACUUGUGGCAGAUGUGCUCCAUGGCGUAUCUCAGGCUGUUGCGGCAGGGCUUCCAAGUUCCUCCGACGUUGGAUGACCCGUUUAAGUCGACGUCACUAGAAGAACUGGAAAUCAUGGCAGAUCGCAUCACUGAGUGGGCUGGGGGUCCAUCGACGGACAUCCCUGCAUUCAAUUGCUUGAAGGAGACAAUCGAGUUGAAGAAGCUCAAUGGAGGACUCAUGAAAGCUGGGGCCAUCGAUGAUCUCAUCAAUGACUGCUACAGCAUCAUCUACCAGGAGAUCGGUCCUUCGCUACCGGGCCCAGAACCGCACGAAGUUCUUGAGGCGCGCGCUAGGGCUCGCGCCAGAGAAGAGGCUGACGGUGGGCUCGAACUGAAACCAUCAAGUUCGCUGGGUAACCUUUUUAAUACAUCCGCUGCACAAGAUUCGGGGGCGAACGGCGAUGGAGACAAGACGGCGGCUCCGGAGGCAGCCCCAAGACGUAGGGCAGGCGUCCGCAGGCCCGACAUCAUCCGGAAAGCCGAACAAGCCUUUGCCCGGUUCGGUGAAGCGCCAAAAUCAUCGGUUGCGCCAUCCAAGUCCCGCGUCGGUUCGGUCUCGAGCGGCAGGAACGGGACGCAUACUCCUGCUGGAGAUGCUGAAGAGGGCAGUGACGCCGAGAACCAAGGCCGGGCCGAGGCGGGCGAGGAGGGCGAGGACACAGAGAUGAAGGACGAUACGGCGAUGGAGGGCGAGGACGGCGAAGAGGCGCCAGCGCAGGUCACAGCAGCAUCUAGCCCGCGCGGUAGCAUCCACGAUUCAGCUGAUGACGAAAGUGAGCUCAGCGACGUUCCUGAUGACUGGGACGAGCAGCCGCCACCCUCGCUCAUGUUUCCGAACCUCAGGAAAAGCGUGGAUUCCGGUCGUGCUGGUGAGAACGAUGACUCCAGUGACGGCGAUGACGAGGAAGAGGAAGAUGCUGAGGCAGGCGAGGAAGAAGAGGGCGGUGAAGAGGAAGAAGCAGGAGAGGAAGGAGAAGAGGGAGAAGAGGGCGAGGAGGGCGAGGAGGGUGAAGAGGGCGAGGAGGGCGCGGAGGGCGAGGAUGGCGAGGAGGGCGAAGAAGGCGAAGAAGGCGAAGAGGGAGAAGAGGGAGAAGAGGACGAAGAGGGCGAGGAGGGAGAAGAGGGUGAAGAGGGAGAAGAAGGUGAGGAGGGAGAAGAGGGUCAGGAGGACGAAGAGGACGGAGAGGGUGAAGAGGGUGAGGAGGGUGAGGAGGGUGAGGAGGGCGAGGAGGGUGAAGAGGGUGAAGAGGGUGAGGAGGAGGGUGAAGAGGGUGAGGAGGAAGAGGCAGAAGAAGAUGAAGAGCAAGAGGGCGAAGAAGUUGACGAAGACGAGGAUGAGUAGCACUCUCCGCCCCUCCCACACUAGGAGGGCAUGGGGGCUAGUGAAAUUGCUGCGUGUUGGAGGUGGUUGUUCCUUACAGCUAAUACCUACGGUGCUGGGACUAUAGUCCACAAACAUGCCCAGUCGGACUGAGUGUUUGUUUGCGUGGGACUAUGACUGGUGUAAGUCGUCAGUAGUGUAACAGCAUUGAAUCAUUGGUAGCGCGGAGUCAACUUUAUAGCGGGCAGAGGGAUAUUAAAGCUGUCGUCAGGGGAUUGUAUCAGUAGACAAGGCUCGGCCCAAUAUCAAGUUCUUUGCCAGCCUUUACUUACAC